AAUGCGCCGCUAAUGAGAAAACGGACAGCAGCCGAGCACGCAAGAUCGGACAGCGAAGGAGAGGGGGGGAAAACGUGAAAUGGUCUAAAUAGCAAGAAAAAGAAGCAAGGGGAGGUGGUGUGCGACUGAACAACCGUAAACAUUCGUUUGGAGGAUUAUAAUAACGUAUUACCUGGUGACUCAAAUUAAAGCAGGGUUUUUGAUGCUGUCCACACGGAAAAUUGAGCUAACGGACUAGCUGGUCUGGUAAACCAUGCAGAGGUUUCUCCUCCUGAGUUUGGCGUUGAGUUUUCGCUAUGUGUGGACGGCGCGGUUCUCUCAGGAGCCAGCGGACCAGUCAGUGGUUAGGGGUCAGAGGGUGAUACUGUCCUGUGUGGUCUUUAACUACUCAGGCAUCGUGCAGUGGACCAAGGAUGGCCUUGCCCUCGGCAUAGGAGAAGAUCUCCGGGCUUGGCCUAGGUACCGUGUGAUGCGUGUGUCUGACCUGGGUCAGUACAACCUGGAGAUCCUCUCUGCUGACCUGUCUGACGACUCCCUCUACGAGUGCCAGGCCCCAGAUGCUGCACUGCGCUCCAGAAGGGCCAAACUCACCGUACUCAUCCCCCCCGAUGAGCCGGUGAUCGAUGGGGGUCCGGAGGUCCUGCUCAACGCCGGGGAGUCGUACAACCUGAGCUGUGUAUCCCGGGGGGCCAAGCCCCCCUCCAUGAUCGAGUGGCUGAAGGACGGCCUUCCUGUGGAGGGGGCCGUCAGCAACACUGAGGUGUUGCCAGACAGGAAGAGGGUAACCACGCGUAGCUUCCUGCCGAUCCACCCCAUCGACACAGACACAGGGAGGAACUUCAGCUGCGUGUCCACCAACCUGGCCGUGCCUACCGGCAAACGCACCACCGUCACCCUCAACGUUCACCACCCCCCCACAGUGACCCUCUCCAUUGAGCCACGCUCAGUCCUGGAAGGGGACAGAGUCACCUUCACCUGCCAGGCCUCCGCUAACCCUCCAAUAAUGGGCUACAGCUGGGCGAAGGGGGGUGUCAUUCUCCAGGGGGCGAGGGAGAGUGUGUUCACCACCAAGGCCGACCACUCCUUCUUCACAGAGCCGGUCUCCUGUCUGGUGUUCAACGCCGUGGGCAAAACCAACGUCAGCAUCCUGGUCGACGUCCACUUCGGUCCUAUCUUGAUAGUUGAACCCAGGCCGGUAACUGUGGACAUGGACUCUGAUGUCACCCUCAACUGCAAGUGGGCCGGCAACCCUCCCCUCACCCUCACCUGGACUAAGAAGGGCUCCAACAUGGUGCUGAGUAACAACAACCAGUUGUAUCUGAAGUCCGUGAGCCAGGCGGAUGCGGGCCAGUACGUGUGUAAGGCCAUUGUUCCCAGGAUAGGAGUGGGAGAGACCGAGGUCACACUCACUAUCAACGGCCCUCCUAUCAUAUCCAGUGAGCCAGUCCAAUACGCCGUGAGAGGGGAAAGAGGAGAGGUCAAAUGCUACAUCGCUAGCUCACCACCCCCGGACAAAAUAGUGUGGGCGUGGAAAGAGAACGUGUGGGAGAAGGAGAAGGGGACCCUGCUGGAGAGGUACACCGUGGAGCAGAGCAAGCCUGUCUCCGAGGGCGGCGGCGUCCUCUCCACACUCACCAUCAACAACGUCAUGGAGUCUGACUUCCUGUCCACCUACAACUGUACCGCCUGGAACGCCUUUGGACCCGGAACGAUGAUCAUCACCCUGGAGGAGACAGAGGAGGUUCCAGUGGGGGUGAUAGCAGGAGGGACAGUGGGCUGCACCAUCCUCUUGUUCCUGUGUCUGCUGGUGCUGGUGCUCAUCUUCUAUCGGCAGCGCAAAGGCAGUCGUCGCGGGGUCACGCUGGGUAAACCUGACAUCAAGGUCGAGACAAUAAACAAGGAGACCCACAGUCUGGAGGAAGACUCCGCCAGCGUCUCCACGGCGUCACGCAUGGUCAAGGCCAUGUACUCGUUUCUUCCCUCUGUGUCCUUCUCUCCUUCCAAUCAGCCUUUUAAAGAUGAUAUAGAGCUUAAACAGGACCUGCGCAGUGAAACGCUGGACACACGCCAGGAGUAUGACCUCAAGGACCCUACUAACGGCUACUACAACGUACGUGCCUCAACCCACGACGAGGGCCGACCUGCCUCUCGCUCCAUGCACUACUCUGACUACCGGCCCUCCAACGCACCAGGGGGCGCCGCCUCCAUCAGCAGCAGUGCCGGAGGCUCAGGGGCCACAGCCAGCGGUGGAGCCCCACCCGGGCCCCUGUCCACCCCCGGCCGGCCAGCCUGUUACGACCCCCGACCCCCGUCUAGACUCUCCCAUAACAGCUACGCCCAGUUCAACACCUUCACCAGGGCCGGCCAGAGCCAGCAGCCCCCGCCUAACUCCGCUCCACAGACCCCUGACUUCCCCGGGGACUGCAGCCUAUUGGACAGCACUCCGCAGCUGGCCUAUGACAACUACGGCUACCCCUCCCACUAUCCUUACCGCAUGGGCUUCGCCCCGCCCAGCCUGGCUCCUCUGGAGGCCGGCCCGUCCUAUGAGAUGUAUGGGGUGGGACAGGGGGUGGGGCCAGGAGUGGGGGUGGGGCCUGGAGUGGGGGUUGGGGUGGGGCCAGCGGCCCCGUCGGGCUCAGAGACUGGACUGGGGAAAUACGGUAGCUCCACCCGCUUCUCCUACACCUCGCAGCAUUCUGACUACUCCCACAGCCGACACACGCAGAGAAUGCAGACACACGUGUGAGGUGGACCUACACGUCAUCCACACACGCUUAAAUAAAAGAGGGUGAGGUGCAUCUUAUACACUCUGUGCACACGCACACAUUUACACGUUUGCAAGCACACACACAUGCAUGCAUACAUGUACACACACACAGGCUCAGACACAUCAACUACCAUACACUUGUGCACAUGCUCGCGCACAAAUACACACAAAAACACACAAAAACA